AUGCAAACUCAUUCAAGAAACGAAAAAGAAUCUGUAUUCAAGUUCAAUGAGAUAAUGAAACAGUUUCAACUCGACAAGUCUUAUUCUCCAAUUUAUUUGUACCAGAAAGAGGAAACAAAUGACACGACUCCAUCCUUAUCUUGUGAUUUAGGUCCUACAUUUCCAGCAAACAAGUAUGAUGAAUAUUAUGAAUUUAUCACCUUAAGGGGUAUUGUACAUCCAUUGUUGGCAUUAAUAGAAGCACCUGGAACUGGAAAAACUCACUUUGCGUAUCAUUUAAUUUCGAAAGGAUAUACUGUGUUAAUGAUACCUCCAUCUCACAAAUCUAUCUUAUUGAACUCAAUGCAAACAGUAUUUAACGAUCCAAAAACCAGUUCUAGUUUGGGAGGGUCAUUAGAUUGGGAAAUAUCUCAUUUCAUCCGUUCAUACAUGAUUGUGGCAGAUAUUAUUAUUCGUAAUAUGGCUAAAUUGGAAACUAAGGAUAGCAUUGAAAAGACUAAUCUGUAUUUGUUUAAAUACAUCUUGAAUGGAGGUUUCAAAAUGGUAGAAGAGGCUUUUAGAAAUAGAUAUCUCCAAUUAAGGUAUGAAAUGUUUUCAUACCACUUUACAACACCACUGUCAAUACUUGAUGCCAAACAAGUGACAAAUUUUUUAGACAUGUUUAUUGAUACGAGUAGAAAAGGUCACAAGAAUCCAGAUCUUUGGAAGCUUGUUGCAACAUUUUUACAAGGUCCAAUUGGACGAUGUGAGGAAUUUCUUCAACAAUUAUAUCUAGAGUUGCAGAAACCUUCAACACCUAGAUCUUUUACAGAGUUGAUAUAUUCAAAUCUUUGCACUCUCGUUUUUAACAGAAGUCAGAAAAGUUAUAGACAAGAAAAAAUUGACACACCUUUAUACAAGAGUUUGUUUUACAGAUUGGCCUUGCUUGGAGAGGCAAAUUUUGCUUUGGUUGAAUCAAUUGUAUCAUGUUUUGACGAGGAAAACGCUUCCAAGCUCUUGUUAAAACAUGGAUUGAGUUUCACUUAUGAUGAUACUAACAAGAUAUAUAAGAUUGUCAGUCCAAUAGAAAGGAUGAGAUUAUUGAAGACUCUUCAACAAGAGGGAUCGAACAGUGAUUUGUUUUUAAAUGCUCACAAGCAAUUGAAUCAAAUUCAUGAUGUUUCACCUCUCUCUGAAGUUGCUGCUGUAUAUUUUGUUUUGAACCAUUUUGAAUUCUUUAAACAACAAUUCCCAGGGACUUAUUUGCAAAACUAUGAUUUGCCAGCAAAGUAUUAUGUUGAAGAUUCAGAAAUUUCCCAAAUUUCAUCACUCCUCAUUAACACAAUACACUGCAAUAUGAAAGAAUUUCAAACAGACCAUUAUCCUUUAACUGGAAAUAAUGACCUUUUACCACAAUUUCUAGUCCGUUCAUACCUUAAUGCAGGACCUGAUGUGUUGGGAAUGUUAAUACGUUCUUCAAAUAUUGACUAUGGUACAUUUCCUUUAUGCAUUCCAAUUGUUGCAGCAGUAACAAGGAAAACAGGAGACGAUACACAAUUCAAGAAGAACUAUGCGACAACUGAUCUUUCUAAUUUGAAUGAUAAAAAUUUGGCAACGAGUAGCUCCCCAUCAACGAAUGACCUUGCCCUGAAUGAAAGAAAUUCCUUGAACUCAGCUAUUACUGAUAUUAUGAAAGCAGGAAACAUGUUGAGAAUAUUAUUUCAUCCAAAUGAAACUUUUGACACUCCUCUCAGUGAAAGGAUUCCACAAUACGAUCAUGAGGAUGCACCGCAAAUAGUUUUCUCUGAUCAUGCAGUCCUCACCAAGAAGGGACAUUGCAUUUAUGAAAUUUCGAAAAACAAUUCAGAAUGGAAAAAUUAUCUCCACAACAAUAACUUGUCUGUUGUUGGUGAUAUGUUUAAUGAUCAAUAA